AUGGAUCUUUUCAUAAAAAUCACAGAGCAUCAAAAUUUUGUUUAUUCAUUAAGUUUAAAUGACUAAUAAAAUUAAGUUAUUUCUUGUGGAAGGGACAAAUUAAUAUUAUUAAUCGAGUAUUCAGAAUAAAAUAAAAAUUGGAUUGUAGUUUAAAAAAUUUAUGUUGAUUGUUAUGGACAUAGAUUAGGUUUUAUUAACAAUAAUAUUUUCUCAUUUAAACCUAAAGAGAGUAAUUCGAUGCAUGUCUAUGAGAAGAAUAGUGUAAAUAAAUAAUUCAUUAAAACUAAAGAAGUUAUUCCUAAUCAAGGUAAUGAUGGUCGUAAUUUAUUUCCAUAAUAAUAUAUUAAAUUAAAAUAAUUAUUGCUGAAUAGACAUAAUAAAUAUAUCAAUUGUAUAAGAAUUAUACAAAACGGAGAAUUUAAACUUGAGUAAAUCAUUUAAUUUGGAACAAAUUCUAUAUUUGGGUCUUUAAGUGAUGAUGGAAAUUCUUUGGUGACUUGGGAUGACUUAUCAAAAGAAAUAUAAAUUAGGAAAUACACAGAAUAAUGA